AUGUCUUUUAGGAAUCAUUUGAGAAUCCUCGGGGUCAAGAUUAUAGCCAUGGUGAUCUUCAAAUGGGAACACAAAAUAACUCGAAUUCUGCAGAGUUCAAUCCAUCGAAAACAAUAUGAAAAGCUGAAUAAAUUGCUCAAAAAACUACAAGAUGCUCAUGAGGAAUCCAAGGUUGUAACCAAGGCUGCUGUUGUGAAAGCAAUCAAGCAACGUAUGGAGAAAGAUGUGGAUGAAGUUGGAAAGAUUGCCAGGUUUAUUAAAUCAAAAAUUGAGGAACUUGACAAAGAGAACUUGGCCAACAGACAAAAGCCUGGAUGUGGAAAGGGAACUGGAGUUGACCGGGAAAGUAUUCAUCAAGAACAUUGUGAGGUGGUUAAGAGGCAUGUGUAUAUAGUAACGGGAACCAGGGCAGAUGAAGAGACAAUCGAUCAACUCAUAGAGAUAGGAGAUAGUGAACAGAUUUUUCAGAAAGCAGUUCGGGAACAAGGGCGAGGACAGGUACUUGACACCCUUGCAGAGAUCCAAGAACGCCAUGAUGCAAUAUUUAUGGAUAUGGUUGUAUUGGUGGAUGCUCAAGAGGAAAUGCUAGACAAUACAGAGACACAGGUGUCAAGUGCAGUAGACCAUGUGCAAGAUGGGAACAAGGCCCUUUACAAAGCAAAGAGUCCACAAAAGAAUUCAAGGAAGUGGAUGUGCAUUGCUAUUUUAAUUUUACUCAUUAUUAUUGCAGUAGUUGUUGUUGGUGUGCUAAAGCCAUGGAAAAGUGGCAAUGGUUCAAUCCAUCGAAAACAAUAUGAAAAGCUGAAUAAAUUACUCAAAAAACUACAAGAUGCUCAUGAGGAAUCCAAGGUUGUAACCAAGGCUGCUGCUGUGAAAGGUUGUUCCUAUUUCUAUAUGAAUCAUGAGUUCAUACCAUUUGCUAAUCACCGUAUGGAGCUAGAUGUGGAUGAAGUUGGAAAGAUUGCCAAGUUUAUUAAAUCAAAAAUUGAGGAACUUGACAAAGAGAACAUGGCCAACAGACAAAAGCCUAGAUGUGGAAAGGGAACUAGAGUUGACUGGUCAAGAACAGCAACUACACUUUCUUUGAAGAAAAAGUUUAAAGACAAAAUGUAUGAAUUUCAGGCUCUAAGGGAAAGUAUUCAUCAAGAACAUCUUGAGGUGGUUGAGAGGCGUGUGUAUACAGUAACGGGAACCAGGGCAGAUGAAGUGACAAUCGAUCAACUCAUAGAGACAGGAGAUAGUAAACAGAUUUUUCAGAAAGCAAUUCGGGAACAAGGGCGAGGACAGGUACUUGACACCCUUGCAGAGAUCCAAGAACGCCAUGAUGCAGUAAGAGAAGUAGAAAAGAAGCUUCUUGACUUGAAACAGGUACUUGACACCCUUGCAGAGAUCCAAGAACGCCAUGAUGCAAUAAAAGAAGUAGAAAAUAAGCUUCUUGACUUGCAACAGAUAUUUAUGGAUAUGGCUGUAUUGGUGGAUGCUCAAGGGGAAAUGCUAGACAAUAUAGAGACACAUGUGUCAAGUGCAGUAGACCAUGUGCAAUAUGGGAACAAAGCCCUUUACAAAGCAAAGAGUCUACAAAAGAAUUCAAGGAAGUGGAUGCAUGGUUCUGGCUUUAAAUGAUGAUUUCAUCUUCAGAAGAUGAUUUCUUGAUUUUAAAUGAGGAAUAUGAUGUGGUCACUCGAUUUUUAUGUAUAUUUUAUGUUUUAAUUCCUAUCGUUACCGGUUCCAGGUGAUAAAUUACAAUAAUAAACAUGUUUAUCAUGCUUGGUAUAU